GCCGGGGCCGAGCCCCGCCGCCAGCACCGCCCCCGGGCUAUAUAUCCCCGCCGCAUCCCUCCGCCGCCGCUCCCGCUCCCAUGGCUGCGGCGGCGGCGGCACCGGCCCCUCCGAGCCCCACCGGCGGCGACGCGCAGCGCCCGUCCCGCGGCGGCGGCGGCGGCGGCGGCGACGGCAAGAGCGGCGGCCCGGGCGCGGUGGAGCUGGCGGCGGCGCGGCGGAGGCUGGUGGCGGCCGAGGGGCGGCGGCGGGCGGCGGCCGAGCUGGAGGGGCGGGUGCGGCAGGUGCACUGCGCGCUGCUGCACGCCGAGCUGCGCCUGGCCGCCCGCGCCGAGACCCUGGGCCGCCUCGGGGCCGGCGUGGCCCAGGCGCAGCUCGCCCUGGCCGCCCAGAGCCAGCGGCUGCAGAAGGGGCUGCGCCGCCGCCCGCGGCCCCGGCCCGGGGCGCUGCUCGCCGCCGCCCGCGCUCUCCGCAGCUGCGUGCCCUGGGCCCCCGCACGGAGCCGCGGGGCCGCCGCCGGCACCCCCGUGCGCCGCCUGCCCGCCGCCGGCCGCGCCUCCGCCUAGGGGGGCGGCGGGGCUGCGGGGCUGCCGGGGGGCUGCGGGGCUGCCGGGGGGCUGCGGGGCUCCGGGGUACCCGGGGGGGUCGGAUGGGUGGGGAUCAGGGGGUUCUGGAAGUGGGGGAUGCCUUGGUGGGUCUGGGGGAGCCUGCAGGAUCUGGGGGACCCCGUGGUGGGGGGGAUGCGGUCCUUCAGAGGGUUUUGGGGAGUGUAAGUGGUGGGGAUGCGGGAGGUUUGGGGAGAUGGAGGGCUCUGGGGUGCUCGGAGGGGUUUGAUCUUGGGGAUCCAGGGGUUUGGGGGCUCUGAAAGGACACCUUGGUGGGCUCACUGAGGGAGCCAGUGCUGUGGGGGUCCUGUAGGGCCUGGGGUGGUUCAGGGAGUCCUGGGGAGUCUGAAGGGACGGGACCUGGUGGGUUGGGGAGUCCUGGGGUCGGAGGCACCUUGGUGAGUGUGAGGGGCCAAGGGGACCCUGCGGGAUCUGGGGGACCACCUGGUGUGGGGUAACCCAGGGGGGUCUGGGCUCCUUUAGAGAUGUCUGGUUGGUUUGGAACUGGUGGGUUGGAGGGUUAUAGCUGAAUUCUGCCGAGUGUGAAGGGUCCGGGGGACCCUAUGGGGUGGGGAGACCCAGCAGGGUCUGGGCAAUCCAAUGGGCUGGAUCCCAAUGGAUUUGGGGGUCCCAGAGGGAUCCUGCAGGGUGGGGGAGGUCUGGGGACAUGUCUUGGAGGUGGUCUGAGGGAUCCACUGGGAUGGGACCCAGUGGGCUGGGAGGGCUUAAGCAUCCUUGAGGGUGCCAGGGAGAUGCUGCAGGGUCCUGGGGACUCUGUGGGGUGGGGGUACCCAGCAGGGUCUGGGACCCCAGCAGUGGCCCGAGGGGUCUGAUGGGGGAAGACUUUGAGGUAUUUGGGGUUCCAUGGGGGACCUUGUGGUAUUCGGGCACUCCAGGGGACCCAGCAGGGUCUGGGGACCUUGGGGUGCCCUGCGGGAUUUGGUGGGGACAGCAUCCCUGGGUGCCCUGCGGGGUCAGGGUCCGGGGUGUGCAGUGAACCAGCAGACUGGGGGGACACAGUGAGACUGGGGGGACACAGUGAUACUGGGGGACCCAGCAGGUUCUGGUAACCUCCCCGGGCCUGGGAGACCCUUCGGAGUCUGGGAUCCCUGGGGGAUCUUGCCAGGUUUGGGGGUGUUUAUGGAGAAAGCUGCCGCCAGCACCCCCAGCCCGCUCUGAAGGCAGCAGGUUCUGGGGCAGGGCCCCUUCCCCGCCUGAGCCCCUCGGCCCCCGGGAGGGGACCCCAGCCCUUGGGACACUGCUGGGACUGUGACUCGCACGGGCAGCCCCGGCGUGCCCCUGCAAGCCUCGGCGGAGGGUCGAGGGGCUCGGGGCCACCGCAGCUCCAGCCCCCCGGGGGGGCUCGGGACAGAGCGGGACGGGCCCGGGGCUCGGGAUCGGCCGGCACCGCUCACCCGCAGCGAGCGGAGCCCGGGACUGCUCCGUGACUGACCCAGCCGCGCGGGGACACCGAAGGCUCCCGGCGCUUCCAGCAGCGUCCUUGGGGACACCCAAUGUCACCUGGGGGCAGAGCCGUGGCUGCGGGCUGGCAGGAAGGCACGAGGAGGCGGAGAUGGGCUCGGGAUGAAGGAUCCCCCUCCGGGAUGAAGGAUCCCCCUGCGGGAUGAAGGAUCCCCCUGCGGGAUGAAGGAUCCCGCUCCGGGAUGAAGGAUCUCUGUCCGGGAUGAAGGAUCUCUCUCCGGACUGAAAGCCCGUGCAGGGCCCUGGUGUCGCUGUCCCCGUCGCUGUCCCCCAGCCUGAGCCGGCCUCAGGACGGACGCUCGGCGCGCACGGAACCGGCUCGGAGCGCACGGAACCGGCUCGGAGCGCACGGAACCGGCCCGUCCCCGCCGGGAGUCGCCGCGGUUCGGCUGGCGAGGUCCCCAUCCCGCUCCUGCUCCGUCCCCGCCGCCAGCCCAGGGUGACCGUCCCGCUCCGCCGUGCCAAGCUGCCGCAGUGGCGCUCCCCAGAAGCUGCAUGAAUCCCGCGGAAAAACUAAGUCCCUCCGCUAUUUCUUUAUUUAAAUUUAAAAUACCAAAACCCCGGGCUUGGGCAGGGGUGGGGGGAGAUUUCACUGACCCCCUGUUAUUUCUUUAUUUAAAUUU